AUGACGCAAGAAUUCGAUUCUUUGAGCUUCAAAUUUGCACAUCUGGCCAACCUGCCCACCGAGGUUCUCCAGCCAAUCCUCUCUUUUCUCCCCAAACAAGAUGUCAAAUCCGUCAGACUUGCGUCCCGCCUGCUCGCCGACAAAGCGACUCCUCUCCUGUUCAACAGCAUUCGGAUAUCCACUCUCAAGGCUGACCGCGAUACCUUCUUCAAGAUCGCCGAUUCCCCUCACCUUGUUCGUCAUGUCUGCACGGUCAUCUGGGAAGAACUGAACGGAGACCAUUCAAGAUUCGAGGCCGAAGCUUGGGAACGUUUCGGGGGGUAUUCACCAUUUGGUUGGCAGAUAUGGCCAGGCUUGACCGGGGUGAUGUCUCAGAUGCCAGAUCUCUUUUGGGUCACACCGAAGGGUGAGCCGUACGACUUCCGAGAGACCUUUGCUACUUUCGUGCGCCAGUUCAUUAUCGCGCUUGACAGAAUGCCAAACCUCCAUACCCUUGUCUCGAAGCCCAUGCACGACGAACGCCAAAUACAAGCAGUUUCCUCCGGCUACCCGAUAACCGCAGGAAUCAUCAAACGCCUCAUUCAUCAUGAUCAAGAAAGGUGCACGUUCAACACGGGAUUUCUCGGUGUUCUGGUACCAGCACUUAUCCACAUAGCAAAACAGCCCGGCAAGAGGGUGACUCGGCUCCUCUUUGUCGAUGAGACCACUACCAAGGAGACUGCUCUCAGAUUUCUCCUGAGUGAUUAUGCCUUUGCCUUUUCCAAGCUGGAACAUCUCGACUUUUGCAUCUCUGGCACCGCCCCCUCUGAGUCGCAAAUGACAGGGUUCAGAGCUUGCCUCAAGGCUGCGACCAACGUGUCUUAUCUUCAUCUUUGUCGAGAAGCCGCCUACCAGGAGGACGAAAAGUCUCCUAGGUUGUUGCAGAUGAUUCCAAAGCUACCUCGUCUGGUGGAAGUACACCUCGACGAUAUCAUGCUUAGGGAACAGGAGACCGAGUUCGUUCGGCUCGAGGAAAUUCUUGAUGACGAUAACUCCGCACUUGUGAAAUUUCUUCGGCUCCAUGCGAGUACCCUUCGCAGACUUCGCAUCACUUCCUCAAAGGUUACUAAAAGGAUGCUGCUCAGUUUGCACAAGUUGAACUCGUUGCAGCUGGAAAGAUUCAUCAUCGUUCCCGGUCAAGAUAUGGAGGAAGAUAACCCUUGGCCGACCAGUGAACGAACAAUCCUGGGCUUUGUCAACAAGAGAGCGAAUGGCAAGGUGCUCGAUCCCGACUUUGGGCCAGAUGACCAAGAUCCGGUGUGCACGCAUGAUGCGGUUUGGGAUAUUGAUGAGUGGCCAAACGCAGCGGUAUUUGACACACGACGGCGAGGAUGGCGAACGCGCGGCUAUGAAUCUCGGGAAGUAAUGGAACUUGACGACGAGGCUGGUGAGCGAAGAGAUGAGGAUGGAUUCACACAUGAGCUAGGCCCUUGCCGAGUACUCGACCAUGCAUCAGGUUUGUGGGUUGACCGUGAUGGAGUCUGGUAUGAUCCCAGGACGGAUGAGGAGAUAUUGGAGCCAGAGAGACGGAGUUAUGAGAGUGAGCGGGAAAAUGAGCACAACCCCUGGGCUGUGAAGAACGAACGGGUGUGGGACUGGGAGUUGGGUCUCUGGAGAGAUCUAGGCACUGACUCAACUGGCCCGUUGCACAGGUUUGCAGUUGAUCGAAACGACACUUGCGAAGUACUGCCUGAGAGGAUCAUUGACGACGACGCAUCCUCGGGUGAAGAUGAGGAAGAUGUCGACAUGCGACCAUUCUACGCACGAGAAGAUGAUGAUUAUCUCAUGAGGCAACUCAGAAGCCCCAGGUGGGGUUGGGGUCGGGACGAAAAUGGACGAAUUUGGUAUUGGGAAGUGCUCGGGAACAAGGGCAACGGCUACUUGACCGAGAAGUGGCACUUUCGUCAUCGCAACGGAGAGGAAGCCUACGGGGAAGAUCCUCUUGAGUUUUGGACUGACUGGCAGGGCAGUGAGGCAGGUGAUGUAGCUGAAGCUACACCGUUUGGGUGGCGUUUCGAGGCAUUCGUCGACGGCUGGUCUCGCGACACGUCUGGCAGCGACCUUCCUCCCAAGGAAGAGAUCGGGAAGCUCUACAGAGAGCCGGUACUCUGGGAAGAGAACGAGGGACAGCUCGGGGUCUAUACGGCGCGGUUGCCUGCGGAUUUUGAUAUGGAUGACCUUUCUGAGAUCAUCGCUCUGCCUUAGCGAACCAGCUCAGAGAAUCAAGAUGAACAGGUUGCCGCAGAAUAACUCGUCGCGGUCGAACGCGGCGUCAUGUUUAGCUGGCAGUGACGUUAGGGGGUGAAGUUGCUAGUGGAAGAACGAUAGAGAGAUCGAUUGACAGAUACUGAUUUUACUACAUGAUCC